GUAAAAAAACGGGGAACUCGGAAAUCUCCGAUUUCAAACUUCAGCGUACUCAAGCGAACUGGGAGCUCGGGAAAAAAACUAGCUCCAGGGAUAAAAUUGUUUUGAAUGGUCAUCCAACUCGGAAUUCCAUGUUGAGAACUCGGGCAUCUUUCUAGAGCUCCGACCUGAUCACAUUAUGAUUUGACCUCGAUUUUUCUUAGUUCCCAGUUGUCGUGAAAGCGCCAUACAUUUACAAUAGAGGUGCGUUCAGUUCUCUUUAACUUUUGCUACGUUGCGGAACAGAUUAUACUGAACGACAUGUUGCCACAAAACGUUAUUGAAGAAACGUUUGGUGGGUGCGCGAGGUGUGGCUUGAAGCAAUAAGUUACGUAUUUAAAGGGAAAUGGCCAUGCUGAGAGCGUUCCUCAACCCACAACUCAACCACUCUCCGUUUUUCAACUGGUUUUUCCGCUCAAUUGAAAGCUCCAGAACGUAAAAACGUACUGGACGUAGUCCUGAUGUCUCAGCGCAUUCACAUUUAAUUGGCUGAUAAUUGUACUAUACUAUCAGAAAUAUUAUCAAGUCAGAGUUAAAUUAGCCGUGUAAAGUGUUGCAUUUCCUUCCUCACAAAUUCAACAAAAUAGCUACGUAUACAAAAAUAUACUUUACAAGACAUAUAAAAUGUUAAACAUCUUGAUUGGCUUUAUAACGCGCCCAUAACGUAGUUUAUUACAAAGAAAAUGACUUGUGUCAUAACUGUUCUGGGGAUUAUAGAUGAUUAUAAAUAAAGUUUCUCUCCAUUGAAUCAAGAUGGCGGCCUACACAUCGUCUUUGGCGACAAGAUGUUUAGGUAGAUAUUUAAUACAACACACUCAAAACAACAUUUGGUUUUCCACGAGCAGCAUUGCAAAAGGCUACACAACAAGCACAUGUAAUCCAUCCACAUCACCUUUGACCCCCUUGAACCAAGCCAGGUCAGACACCUCGGCGUCCACCAGAACUAUUGAGCAGCACUAUGACAGUCUCAUCCGCUGUGGCUCGCUAGUGGAGGACACUCAACAAAUAGAUGCUCUACAUCAGCUGGGGCAACUGCAGAAAACCCUGCGAGGGUAUUCCAACAGCAUCUACCUGACCCCACCCAAGCCUAAGGUGAAGGAGGCAAAAGACAGCAACGCAAAGCAACAGAAAGUAAACGAUUACAAACUGAGCAAAACUGAAGGGGAUGAUGCUCCCACAGAAGAGGAUGAGUGCCUGCUCCCCCUACCACCACCCAGAGGGUUCUAUAUCCAUGGUGAUGUUGGCACAGGGAAGACCAUGCUUAUGGAUAUGUUUUACUCUCAUGUGGAUAACGGACGUAAGAAAAGGGUCCAUUUUAACAGCUUCAUGUUGGACAUCCACAAAAGGAUCCACCGGAGGAAACAAAGCACUCCUCAACGGAGGCUGGGGAAAAUGUUCACCUAUGACCCCAUCUCGCCGGUUGCCAUGGAGAUCAGCAAUGAAACCUGUGUCUUGUGUUUUGACGAGUUUCAGGUGACUGACAUCGCUGAUGCGAUGAUUCUGAAGCAGCUGUUUCAGACAUUGUUCAGGACCGGAGUAGUGGUGGUGGCCACCUCCAACAGGCCCCCUGACGAUCUGUACAAAAAUGGACUUCAGAGAGACGCCUUCCUGCCUUUCAUCAACGUGUUGAAGGAAUACUGCCAGCCCAUGGGCGUAGACUCUGGAGUUGACUACAGAAGACUGGACCUGCCUUCAGCAGGGAAACUCUACUACCUCACCAGAGAGCCUGAUGCGGAGGCCUUCAUGGAUACGCUGUUUCACGAGCUGGCUGUGAGACAAAACAAUGUAACGGGUCCCAGGGUCCUGACGGUGCAGGGCAGAGAGUUGAGACUGGAGAAGACCUGUGGAAACAUCGCUGACUGUACCUUUAAAGAACUGUGUGAUAGACCAGUGGGUGCUAGUGACUACCUGGAGAUGGCCCAGGCGUUUGACACAGUGUUUAUCCGUCAUGUCCCCAUGCUUACCCUCACUCUGAAGGAUCAGGCACGGCGCUUCAUCACACUGAUAGACAAUUUCUAUGACAACAAGGUGAGGGUGGUGCUGUUAGCUGAUGCCCCUCUGGACAGGCUGUUUGUCCACUCUGGAGGGGAGGACAACCGCGACCGCAUGCUACUGGAUGACCUGGGCCUGAGUGGGGAUGUGGGGGACCAUCUGUCUCUGUUCACAGCGGAGGAGGAGAUCUUUGCGUUCCAGAGGACCAUCUCCAGACUGACCGAGAUGCAGACAGAGAUGUACUGGACUCAAGGGGACCGCAGUAACACUACACACACACAGAGAGGAUCACAGUAAAGUACCCCCAAAGACCUCACAACAAAUGAAGUGGAUGGGUAACCAACAGCAACUUCUCUUUUAGACUGAAGUAUAAUAUAACCAGCAAAAACACCUCAUAAAACACAAACAAUUGGUACAGUAGAGCUCAAUCAAUUAUAUCCCUUUAGACUGGAGUAUAACGUGACAAGCUAAAACACCUCGCAACAGACAGUCAGUCAGAGAGAUAGAGGACUUUUGUGCCCAAAAGCCCGUUUUAGCAAGUAGUCAACUGGGUGGGACUUCUUAUGGGUUAGGGAAGGAUCACAUGAUUCCAUCCAGGUCACCAGGAGGGAUCAGCCAAUUAAUUAUAAUUGUGAGGAAACAUUUCAUAACUGCAGGUGGCAGUAAAUCGCCAACCUUGUAUUUAUACCUGUUUAAACAACCCACUCUAGGUGGCAGUGUGCACCCUUUCAGUUUUUUUUGCCAACUCAUAAAAGUAAUAGAAGAAGAUUGACUACUUAAAAAUGGAGAUGCCCUCAAUGGCACUCCCCAUGCUGUCACAGAUGCCAUAAUGGGACAUACAACGAUGCAAAGUCUAUGGAACUAACCAAUAAACACUCCAAAUUUACUGACCUAUCUCCCUCGCGUACUUUAAAGGGAACUGACGGGAACAAGAGAAACUCAUUCAUGUCCCAUAUUAGUCUUCCUAAAACAUACAUGGAGAACAGAGGGAGGCAUAGCUACUUAUAAACUGGGUGGUUCGAGGACUGAAUGCUGAUUUGGCUGACAGCCGUGGUAUAUCAGACCAUAUACCAUGGGUAUGACAAAACAUGUCUUUUUACUGCUCUAAUUACAUUGGUAACCAGUUUAUAAUAGCAAUGAGGCACCUCGGGGGUUUGUGCUAUAUUGCCAAUAUACCACAGCUGAGGCCAGUGUUCAGGCACUCCGUGUUGCAUCGUACGUAAGAACAGUCCUUAGCCGUGGUAUAUUGGCCAUAUACCACACCCCCUCUGGCCUUAUUGCUUAAUUAGCUAAUUAAGCAAUAAGGGACGACACAUCAUCAGUAUGCGCUGAAGGGAUGGAAAUAUGAACUGAACAAAUGUCCUUCUUGGUGGAUAACUACCGCCCCCCUAUGGUUGGGUUUGAACUGUGCCACUAAAAAAUGUUGUACAUGUAAUUAGAAAAUACAUAGAUCAAGGAAGAAAUAGCAGUGAGUAUACAUGAGGUAUGCAGCCAGCCAUCUGCCCUGUAAAAAUGAUAAAUGUAAUGUAUUUGUGCCUACUGUGUAAUAAACCAUGCAGUAGAAUCUAAAGGUGAAGAGAAAGGUGUCUUGAGCCUUUUCAAGGAUGAAACUGCAAAGAAAAACAUA